AUGGCGUUAGUGCGGGAGCCGAUGGACACGGAGCCGCCCCGGGCCGCGAAGAAGCAGUGCGGCGCGAGCAGGAAGACGAGCAAGCCAAAGCCGCCGGCCACAUCCCCCGGCUCUCCGCAAAGCCUCGUCGCAAAGAACCGCCGUGAGAAGAUCAGCGAGCGGCUCCGGACGCUGCAGGAGCUGGUGCCCAACGGCACCAAGGUGGACAUGGUCACCAUGCUCGAGAAGGCCAUCACCUACGUCAAGUUUCUGCAGCUACAGGUCAAGGUGCUGGCGACGGACGAGUUCUGGCCGGCGCAAGGCGGGAUGGCGCCGGAGAUCUCCCAGGUCAAGGAGGCGCUCGACGCCAUCUUAUCGUCGUCGCCUUCGCCGCACAAGGGCCAACGCAGCUGAACUGAAACUAGCUAGCUUCUAGCUAGAAGGGAAAUUAGUUAUACUUAGCUAGCCUCUGCAUCAAACGUAGUAUAAGGAAGAAUAUGAUAGAGAAAUUAAUCAACGACGAUCCACCUUGUUCCAAGAUAAAUAAGAGGGGCAUAUAUAAACGUACACCCUCUUGUUAAUCCUUACCAGUAGUAUAUGUAAUUUUUUUUUUCAUGGGACCUAGCUAGCGUGUUAGACACACGCUUGAUGUAGAAGAGAGGAGGGGGUUAACAUUUUGUUAA